AUGCGGAAUCGGUCGGGCGGAAUCGGGCAGGCAUGCGGAAUCGGGCAGGCGAGCGUGGGUGUGGGGAAUUGGGUCAGCGGGGGCGUGAGGAAUCGGGUCAUCGGGGGUGUGGGGAAUCGGGUCAGCGGAGGCGUGGGGAAUAGGGUCAGCUGGGGCGUGAGGAAUCGGGUCAGUGGGGGCGUGGGGAAUCGGGUCAGCGGGGGUGUGAGGAAUCGGGUCAGUGGGGGCAAGGGGAAUCGGGUCAGUGGGGGCGUGGGGAAUCGGGUCAGCGGGGGCGUGGGGAAUCGCGUCAGCGGGGGCGUGGGGAAUUGGGUCAGCUGGGGCGUGAGGAAUCGGGUCAGUGGGGGCAUGGGGAAUCGGGUCAGUGGGGGCAAGGGGAAUCGGGUCAGCGGGGUUGUGGGGAAUCGGGUUGCUAUUGGAGGAGUUUUUGCUGGUUUUCUGGUAGGUAUCGUUGUUAUUGCUGUACCAUAA